AUGAAGAAGCACAGCACUGCCGUUCUCCCCGUCCUCCUCCUCUCCAUCGUCGUUCUCCUUGCUAGCUCAUGUGAGGCGCGAGGUCUCCCUGUCCAUGGCAAGGUCCGCAGCUCCAGCAAGUCGCAUCGUCUACCAGGCAAGGAUGCGGCAGCAACAAGCUUGAAAGCUGACGGUUGGCUGUCAAGGCAGCUGAUGGAGGCUAGACGCAUGAUGGCUCAGCAGGCGGAUGCGAAGGUGAAGGAGGGAAUGAAAAUGGCAGCAUCAUCUGCUGGCGCAGUUCGAGCUACGCCUACGCCUGCCGUUACAGUUUCGCGGCGGCUUUCUCGACGGGAGGACACCGGGUUUCAUCUGGAUUAUGCCGGGCCUAGAACACGUACGCCUUCUCACAACUAA